GUUGAUUGUUUUUGAUAUUUUUGAUAGAAUGUUUACAAGCACGUAUUUUAUCAAAAAUUAUUGCAAAGAAAUGUAAAGAUCUCAAAUAUUUAGGUGCCUCUUUAAUAAAGAAGUGAAGGAAAUAAUACAAAUACUGCAUAUAUUCAGAAUGACGACUGGAUGUGCUUUAAAGCGAAAGCCACCUAUCGAUGUCAGUUGGAGACGUAAAAUUGUUCGCACUUUUUACAAUGGAUGGAUCGAAAGUGAUAAACUCUGCAAUAACGUUUCCAAACCUCCAGCGCAAAUUACUGGCAGUUCAUAUAUCAAUUUUGUGACGGUAAACGAACACAAACUAACAAAAGAGAAUGUUACGGAUCCUGGACUUAGCAAACGAGUUGUUCAACGAUUGAACAAUGUGAUCGCGUAUAUGUACAACGAUAAUAUGAUUUCACUGAAAUUGACAUUCGAACAGGCCGGUUUACUUUUGGAAUCAAAUUACGAUGAAAAGCAGAGAAAGUUUAGCUUCCUGAUUAACGAUCAAGAGAUUUGUCAAGCUGAAGGUGAGAAGCAGACGGCUCAUACGGAAGCGCGAGAAAAGUUAAUAGAAAUUUUGCAAUAUUACUGUUGGACCGUGAAAAGAUUAAAAGAAUAUCACACGCGUAGAGAUGUAUUCCGGAAAAUGCCCAACAAGGAGCACUUUUCGAAAAAACAAACGUUUAAAAAUCAGCAACUUGACGAAGGUAACAUUGGCUUCCGAAUGCUGCAAAAACAAGGCUGGAGUGGUGGGUCGUUGGGAAACAAUGAGGAGGGAAUACUGGAACCAAUUGGUUUCCAAAAGAAAGACGACAAAGUUGGUCUUGGGGCGGAAGAGGAUAGACCCCAAAAGAUCCCUGUAGAAGCAUUCAUGUUGGCGAUAAAACAAUACGCUGCCGGUAAUGCACUCUACGAUUUGGUGUUCAGCACACAAUUUUCCAAGCAUCAGAUUAUUAAAUUGAAAGAUUUUGCGUCGUCGUUGAGACUUUUUCCGCAGAUGAUCGGAAAAAAGAAACAACUGGUGAUUAGUAAAAAUCUAACACUUCACGCGAUCAAGGAAGGUGUCCUGAAGGGCCACUCCGAUUUAUGUGCCAAGUACUCUGUUAUACCACCACUUUGCCAGCGUUUCAAAUAAAAAAAAUCAUUAU